AUGCGUGAUGACGCACCUCCCUUUUUGCCUCUGAGCCGUUUAACAAAGCCUAAACAACAAAUCUCAUACCUCCAACCAUCUACACCUGUCUGCGUAAUCAGCGUCACUCUUAACAAUUGGUGGUCGUGGACAAACAAAAACAAAAGACACCACAAUUGUCAAAGGUCUACAUUCGAGAAAGGAAUCAAGCGCCGCUUGCCUGUCAUUGUUUUAUCCCAUGUUUUAUAUGAACUGAUUAGGUUGGGCCCUAGAAGUUUUUAA